CCUUAGGAUCAGUCGGGCCCUCGUAGAGUGACUUGAUUUCCGGCCCCCACAUUGAUGGAUAUGCCUGAUUAUCAGAAGGAUUUUCUUUCUUUCUUUCUUUGUCUCUAUUUUCCAUCCCCUUUGUGGCUCUCCAGGCUCCUUCAUGAUGGUGAAUAGCUCUGGGAGGGCCUCUGGCCAGAAGGCCCACCUUCUCCUGCCGACCCUGAAGGAGAAUGACACCCACUGUAUCGAUUUCCAUUACUACUUCUCCAGCCGCGACAGGUCCAGCCCGGGAGCCUUGAAUGUCUAUGUGAAGGUGAACGGCGGGCCCCAGGGAAACCCUGUCUGGAACGUGUCUGGGGUCGUCACCGAGGGCUGGGUGAAGGCAGAGCUUGCCAUCAGCACCUUCUGGCCACAUUUCUACCAGGUGAUAUUUGAAUCCGUCUCUCUGAAGGGUCAUCCGGGGUACAUCGCGGUGGACGAGAUCCGGGUCCUUGCGCAUCCAUGCAGAAAAGCACCUCACUUUCUGCGGCUCCAAAAUGUCGAGGUGAACGUGGGGCAGAAUGCCACGUUUCAGUGCAUCGCUGGUGGGAAGUGGUCUCAGCAUGACAAGCUUUGGCUCCAGCAGUGGAACGGCAGGGACACGGCCCUCAUGGUCACCCGCGUGGUCAACCACCGACGCUUUUCAGCCACGGUCAGCGUGGCCGACACUGCCCAGCGGAGUGUGAGCAAAUACCGCUGUGUGAUCCGUUCCGACGGCGGCUCCGGCGUGUCCAACUACGCGGAGCUCAUCGUGAAAGAGCCUCCCACACCCAUCGCCCCCCCAGAGCUGCUGGCUGUUGGGGCCACAUACCUGUGGAUCAAGCCAAAUGCCAAUUCUAUCAUCGGCGAUGGCCCCAUCAUCCUGAAGGAGGUAGAAUAUCGCACCACCACGGGCACCUGGGCCGAGACUCACAUAGUGGACUCUCCCAACUAUAAGUUGUGGCAUCUGGACCCUGACGUGGAGUACGAGAUCCGGGUGCUGCUCACACGACCAGGGGAGGGAGGCACAGGACCACCAGGGCCUCCCCUCACCACCAGAACCAAGUGUGCAGACCCCGUGCACGGCCCACAGAACGUGGAGAUUGUGGACAUCCGCGCGCGGCAGCUGACCCUGCAGUGGGAACCGUUCGGCUACGCGGUGACCCGCUGCCACAGCUACAACCUCACCGUGCAGUACCAGUACGUGUUCAACCAGCAGCAGUACGAGGCGGAAGAGGUCAUUCAGACCUCUUCCCACUACACCCUGCGGGGCCUGCGCCCCUUCAUGACCAUCCGGCUGCGGCUGCUGCUGUCCAACCCCGAGGGCCGGAUGGAGAGCGAGGAGCUGGUGGUGCAGACGGAGGAGGAUGUUCCAGGAGCUGUUCCCCUAGAAUCCAUCCAAGGAGGGCCCUUUGAGGAGAAGAUCUACAUCCAGUGGAAGCCUCCCAACGAGACUAAUGGGGUCAUCACACUCUAUGAGAUCAACUACAAGGCCGUCGGCUCCCUGGACCCAAGUGCCGACCUCUCCAGCCAGCGGGGGAAGGUCUUCAAGCUGCGGAAUGAAACCCACCACCUCUUUGUGGGACUGUACCCGGGCACCACCUACUCCUUCACCAUCAAAGCCAGCACAGCCAAGGGCUUCGGACCCCCUGUCACCACUAGGAUUGCCACCAAAAUUUCAGCUCCGUCGAUGCCUGAAUACGACACCGACACCCCACUGAAUGAAACAGACACGACCAUCACGGUGAUGCUGAAGCCCGCUCAGUCACGGGGAGCCCCUGUCAGUGUUUAUCAGCUGGUUGUCAAGGAAGAGCGACUUCAGAAGUCACGAAGGGCAGCUGACAUCAUUGAGUGCUUUUCGGUGCCUGUGAGCUAUAGGAAUGCUUCCAGCCUUGAUUCUCUACACUACUUUGCCGCUGAAUUGAAGCCCGCCAACCUGCCUGUCACACAGCCAUUUACAGUGGGUGACAAUAAGACAUACAAUGGAUACUGGAACCCUCCUCUUUCCCCUCUGAAAAGCUACAGCAUCUACUUCCAAGCACUCAGCAAAGCAAAUGGAGAGACCAAAAUCAACUGCGUUCGCCUGGCUACAAAAGGUGCCUCCACUCAGAAUUCUAACACUGUGGAGCCAGAGAAGCAGGUGGACAACACCGUGAAGAUGGCUGGUGUGAUCGCUGGCCUCCUGAUGUUCAUCAUCAUUCUCCUGGGUGUCAUGCUCACCAUCAAGAGGAGAAGAAAUGCUUAUUCCUACUCCUAUUACUUGAAGCUGGCCAAGAAGCAGAAGGAGACACAGAGUGGAGCCCAGAGGGAGAUGGGACCUGUGGCCUCAGCCGACAAACCCACCACCAAGCUCAGCACCAGCCGCAACGAUGAAGGCUUCUCCUCCAGCUCUCAGGAUGUUAAUGGAUUCACAGAUGGCAGCCGUGGGGAGCUGUCCCAGCCUACCCUCACCAUCCAGACUCACCCCUACCGGGCUUGCGACCCCGUGGAGAUGAGCUAUCCCCGGGACCAGUUCCAGCCUGCCAUCCGGGUGGCCGACCUGCUCCAGCACAUCACCCAGAUGAAGAGAGGCCAGGGCUACGGGUUCAAGGAGGAAUAUGAGGCUUUACCAGAGGGGCAGACAGCUUCGUGGGACACAGCCAAAGAGGAUGAAAACCGCAAUAAGAAUCGAUACGGAAACAUCAUAUCCUAUGACCAUUCCCGGGUGAGGCUGCUGGUGCUGGAUGGAGAUCCGCAUUCCGACUACAUCAACGCCAACUACAUUGAUGGAUACCAUCGACCUCGGCACUACAUUGCAACGCAGGGUCCGAUGCAGGAGACUGUCAAGGACUUUUGGAGAAUGAUCUGGCAGGAGAACUCGGCCAGCAUCGUCAUGGUCACGAACCUCGUGGAAGUGGGCAGGCACCCAGCGGAACACACUGUGGGAAAUGCCACUCUAGGCCGCGCAGCGUCCCCCGGAAUGGUGAAGUGUGUGCGAUACUGGCCGGAUGACACGGAGGUCUACGGGGACAUUAAAGUCAGCCUGAUUGAGACUGAGCCCCUGGCCGAGUACGUCAUACGCACCUUCACCGUCCAAAAGAAAGGCUACCACGAGAUCCGGGAGCUCCGCCUCUUCCACUUCACCAGCUGGCCCGACCACGGUGUCCCCUGCUAUGCCACCGGCCUCCUGGGGUUCGUGCGCCAGGUCAAGUUCCUGAACCCCCCCGAGGCCGGGCCCAUAGUGGUCCACUGCAGUGCUGGAGCCGGGAGGACCGGCUGCUUCAUCGCCAUCGACACCAUGCUCGACAUGGCAGAGAACGAGGGGGUAGUGGACAUCUUCAACUGCGUGCGUGAGCUCCGGGCCCAGAGGGUCAACCUGGUACAGACGGAGGAGCAGUACGUGUUCGUGCAUGACGCCAUCCUGGAAGCGUGCCUGUGCGGCAACACCGCCAUCCCUGUGUGCGAGUUCCGCUCUCUCUACUACAACAUCAGCAGGCUGGACCCCCAGACUAACUCCAGCCAGAUCAAAGACGAAUUUCAGACCCUCAACAUCGUGACCCCCCGUGUCCGACCCGAGGACUGCAGCAUCGGGCUCCUGCCUCGGAAUCACGAUAAGAACCGGAGCAUGGAUGUCUUGCCUCUGGACCGCUGCCUGCCCUUCCUUAUCUCGGUGGACGGAGAGCCCAGCAACUAUGUCAAUGCCGCACUGAUGGACAGCCACAAGCAGCCUGCUGCCUUCGUGGUCACCCAGCACCCUCUCCCCAACACCGUGGCAGACUUCUGGAGGCUAGUGUUCGACUACAACUGCUCCUCCGUGGUGAUGCUGAAUGAGAUGGACACCGCCCAGCUCUGUAUGCAGUACUGGCCUGAGAAGACGUCCGGGUGCUACGGGCCCAUCCAGGUGGAGUUCGUGUCCGCAGACAUCGACGAGGACAUCAUCCACAGAAUAUUCCGCAUCUGUAACAUGGCCCGGCCUCAGGAUGGGUACCGGAUAGUCCAGCACCUGCAGUACAUCGGCUGGCCGGCCUACCGGGACACACCCCCCUCCAAGCGCUCUCUGCUCAAAGUGGUCCGGCGGCUGGAGAAGUGGCAGGAGCAGUAUGAUGGGAGGGAGGGGCGCACUGUGGUCCACUGCCUAAAUGGGGGUGGCCGCAGUGGAACCUUCUGUGCCAUCUGCAGCGUGUGUGAGAUGAUCCAGCAGCAAAACAUCAUCGACGUGUUCCACAUCGUGAAAACACUGCGGAACAACAAAUCCAACAUGGUGGAGACCCUGGAACAGUAUAAAUUUGUAUACGAAGCAGCACUGGAAUAUUUAAGCUCCUUUUAGCCUGAUGGGAUGGGGAGCCUGCCGGAGCCCGGAGGCUGCAGCAGCCACCCCCCCUUUUCUGUGAAUGGCAGUGACUGGGCUCAGGGCCUAAGACGCGGCACCCUGCCCAACUCCAAGGAGAAUGCUGGUUGUCCCAUGCCCCGUGGUGGGCUCUGCACCUUCCGAGGGGUCUCCUGUAGCUGUGGGAGGUACUGCUCUGAAAGGCCCAGGCUCCCCUUCCACACUCAACCAGCUGAGGCCACCAGCCCAUGCAGAAGUGCGCCCAUGGCAAGGCCCCGGAUUUUCCCGUUCCCAGACCUCCUGCUUUUGCUCUUUUCAAGUUUGUGAAUCUCCUGGUCAGCCGACUAUGUGAGUGUUGGGGAGUGAGAGCCUCAGCAGCACCUCCCUGCGCAUCUUGUCUUUGGGGGUAGAGGGGCUGUGUGUUCUACUCCUCCAUGCUGUCGCAGAAAUGACUGGGCUCUUGGGGUGGGGGGUGGGGGUCCCUGCUCUGCUGCCCCUUGUAGUGUCCUUCAGGGAUCUCGGGAACUGGACACCUGCCAGUCUGGAUCAGUGUGAAACUUGGGAUGCUCCCGAGACCACAGUGGAGGCCCCCAUUUUCACACCUAACCUGCAUGGGGCUUGGCCCAAUACUGUUCUGUAUCCCACGGCUAGCCCAGGCCUUGACCUGUCAUUCACUGGCCAGCCCACUGUGUCUACAGCCUUUGGUAAAGGUUCUUUUUGCUUUUUUGUAAUCAGUGGGAAGGGGGAGCGUGGGAUUUUGCUAUUCUUCUGUGUCCUCAUCGUGAAAAGGAACCAUCUCUCUGGGGCAGGGCUCUGGCUGACCUUGUGUGUUUUGGAUGGUGGGUGAUUUGAUUAUUUUCCAAAGCGUGUAUGAAAAGAAACUUUCUUUGAGGGUAUAAAAUCUUAGUCUGUUAUGUCAAAAUAAAAGGGGGAGGGAAGUUCAGAUGUGUCACUCUAAGACAAAUCUCUCAGACCUGUCAUCUUUCCUGGCAAUGUCCUUAAAAGAUUCCCUCUCCCUCCACUCCUAGCCCAGAACAGCACUGCCAUUGAGCAAGGGAAACAGGCUAAUCUGAGGACAGUCCCAUCAGUUUCGGGGACAGAUAGAAUACCAGCUUUGUGCAUCAUUUUGAAUCUCCAAAUUUGAGCUCCCUCCUAAAGAACUCCCUAGCUGCCAUCGUGAGAAAGGCCACAGUGGACCCAGGUGUCCUUUGGUUUAAAACAGGCCAAGGAGAUCACACCACAGAUCUAGGACCUUAUCCAAAGUAUGGGUGAGUCAGUGACAGGGAACCAGCAUCUGCUAAGCACCUACUGUAGGCUUGGCACAUUCCAUAUGACAUUUCACGUGGUCUAGACCCCCUUGAGAGGACUACCAACCUGUCAUCAUCUCCACUUCACAAUGGGGGAAACUGAGACAUCUCCCUCCAUGAUGAAAUUCUGGGUUCCGAAAAGGCAGACAUUGGUGAUAAGACCUCUUCAUACCGUUGUCUUCAUCUUUCUCAGCAAAGCAGUUAUUUUACAGAGGGUAAAAUAAGGCUAGAAACUUCCAAGCAGAGAACUCCACAGUGGAAAUUGAAUUCUUUCUUUCUGAUGUGAGUUCUUCUGGGAAGCCCAGAAUUUCAGAUGUAUUUCAAUAACUCCUUCCCGGCUCCCCAGGAAAGCUAGUCCCUUCUCAUUUCUCUGCCAGUAAAAACAGCUGCCUGUUCCCUCUGGCUGUGAGGUCUGCUGGCCAGGGUCACGCUCCCUACCUUGGUCUCUACUAGGGGCUCAAGCACAGUAUCUGACUGCCUCAGGGUGGUCUGGGGUCCAGGAAGCUCCACUUGGAAGCUGGUCUAGCCCCAGACAGGGGAUGAGGAGCACAGAAUUCAAGAAGGCACAGUAUUUGCACGGAAGAACUUACCAUACUGGGGAGAUUGUCGCCCAGUGCCAAGGUGGUAGAGCACACGAGUAUUAAAGGAAGCUGGGAGCAAGACUCUGCCUGCCUGGGCUUCCUAGGGGAGAUGGCAUCCAGCCCAGCAGGGUCUCAACAGGUAAGAGAAGGAAAGAAAGGAAAUCAGUCCAAGGGAUCAGGAUGUACAGUGGCACAGAGGUGUGACAAGUCCUUAGGCUGGGGGCAGGGGACAGGCAGUAGCAUGAGCCGUGAGGCCCAGCCCGAGCACAGCACCGCAGGAGGGGUGGCAGAUGAGUAGGGUCUGGGAGAAGAGAGCCUACCUGGAGUACAGACCACCCGUGUGGGCCACAGGGGGCGAGCCAAGCUCCCGAGUGAUGGGCUCGACUCCGUGUUAGAGAGACGCUCUUGGGGCCCAGUGGGGCUGCCUCUCCUCUUUCAUCAGACACUGUGAAGACAUUCCCUGAAGUGCGUGCUUUUUAAUAUCACAUCUAUGUGUCUGUCUGCUCAUUGUUUUGUUGCUGGAACAAAAUACGCAAUGGGUCAUGAGACCCGGCUUCUGUGAGACACUCAGGAUCUCUGCUCUACCGUGGAGCAGGGUGGCUGGCCUGGGCCUCCAGACCCGUGAGGCUGGGACAUGAAAGGAGCCCGCAGAAGCUGUUGCCUUUGGCCUGGGUUCUGGAGCUGUCUGGAAGUCCAGGGACACCAGACUUGAUCACGGAAGGGCUGUCACUUUGGAAGUUCCAAAGGAAGCAUCUCAAAGGGAAGGAAGGCAAAGGAGCCCACAUCCCCACCCCCGGCCAGGAACUCACUCUUCUCCCUUGCUAGGUCCCUUCCCUGGUGGGCUUGAGCAGGUCCCCCGGCUCCAGUCCACAGCUCCAGCCACCCGUCGUGCUGCCUGCAAGGAACCGGUAGCAGAGCAAAUCAGCCUGUCAUCUGCUCUUUUCUCAGAUCCUGGCUCAUCCAUGCAGAAUGGGGGAGGGGAGCUAGCCAACACAAAGCCUCAGAUUGAUUCUGCUCCAAAAGGGGUGACAGAGCUAGCACAUGGGAAUGACACUAGCUUCUAUCAUUUCAAAUGGUGAGAAUCCAAAAUGGGACUUCAGGGAGAAGGGAAAUCAUAAAAACUCAGGCCAUGGUGGGAUACAUGACCCAACCAGGGCCGGCGAUGGAUCCCCCAGCGAAGCCCCCCAUUUCCUCAACACCCAGCCACUCUCCAAAGCAGGCAGGGUGGCAAACGGGUCUUGGGCCACUUUAUAAGGGAUGAAACUAAGGCUCAUGCCGGGGAUAUCGUCCCAAAGAUUCCACAUGGCACGCAUGUGGCAGGGCCUGGAUGAGAUGGGGUAAUGGUGCCCUGGAAUUUGGGCUUGAUCCAGUCCUUAGGAAAUAAGAACAAACACCACCUCCCCCAAGCUGUCUUCCCACCCCAGUCCACUUAGUAGGCUGUCUUCCAGAAGGCCGAGGAAAAUCGUAUCUGUGCUCUCUGAGCUUCUAGAACAGGAGCCAGCCUCUCUUCUCCAGGGUGCCCAAGAGAGCAUCCCCACUUAGGACAGAGCCUCCUGGUCACCUAGUUAUGGACCCUGUUCAGAGAUGUGAGGGAUCCUUGCCAGUCUGCAUGUGUUUGUGCCCUAGAAGUCUUCAGGAAGAAUCUUGGCUGUGCCUCCAUGUGUGCCCUUUCACAACCGCCCGGGCCUCUGGAUGACCACAGCACACCCCCCUUCAUGGGGACAGAAGGAUCCAGUGACUUUUCCCACCGGCCCUCCCUUUGCAUGUGGCCUGAGCAACAGCCUCCCAAAUGGCAGCCUUCCCACAGAACCAGGGGAGUUGAGUGUGUUGAGGACACUAACCAGUGAGCUCACCCAAUUCUUCCUGCAUCCCUAUGAAGUGUUUGUGAUUGUCACCAUUUUACAGAUGAGGAAACGGAGGCUCAGAGAGGAGAAAUCCAUUGCCCACAGCUCCCCAGUUAAGUGACCAGGGGAGCCAGGAAUUCAAUUCCUUCUGACUUCAAAAACCAGAUUUUUGUCUCAGAUUUUCCCACAGGUCUACCUGUAAUGGCAAAGGGUAGAGUGGAACAGAAACCCAGUGGGUCUCAUAAAGCCCAAAGCAGACAAGCUUAAAAUUCCUUCACAGUUUCUUGUUCUACUUUGACAACUCAUGCAAGACUUGCAUGCCACUCUAAUUUACCUGAUUUGUUUUAAUAGAACUAUUUUUUAAAUGAUGUGCCCUGGUCCUUCCAGUGAUUCUGGUCCCCUCAACUCCCUGUGACAGACCCUAGGGAAUCAUAUCCCAGUCAGAGAGACAUGGUGUCUGGCCAUACUGCUUCCUCCUGAGACCAGUUCCAAACUCAGGCUCAAGACCAGCUCAGCUUUCCUUAGAAAGAUGCUUUGGUGUGGGAGUACCAUGACCUCACUGUUCAUGGGUCGAUCUCGACUCCAGCUUCUUCCAGUUUGAUGCUGGAAGGAACCCACUGGCGUAGCCUGGAAUGUUGACGAUGUGCCCAUCUGGCAUGGUGAAGGCUGAGCCUAUAAUACCCUAAAGGAAAAGGAGAAGAUGUACACAGCCUUUCUGAGCAGAUUUCUGAAUGCUGGGGCUUCUAGAAGCUGAUGCCCUUUGUCUAGGAGGAGUCGCAUGGUUGCUAAUAGGGGCAAAUCUCAGGACAUGCUUCACGUGAGGGCUGGGGUCCAUAAGGCUCCUCACUUUACUUCAAUUACAUGUACCUACUGGGUUCCUGCAACAGGCCAGGGCCCCGGAAGGGGUACUUCCAGGAAGCACAGGUUAUCAUGGCCCAGUUCAUCCCUUGGCGAGGCAAUCUUAAGUUCACAUGUCAGCUUGGCCAUUUCUUAGUUAUACAAGGUUGGGCCAACCAAUUAAUGGAAAAAGAUGUGAAAAAAGCAGCUUUGGCCAGGUAGAAGGCAUCGAUUUGGAGAGCUUUGGGCAAGAAAACAGGAAGGCAAGGCCAAGAAGUUGGGACCCAACAGAAAUGUUCAAGAAUGCACACAGACUACAAGGCAAAGUGGUCACUUCUGUGGCUCAGCAGGAUGGGGAUGGGGAAGGCUGGCCAGGACCACUGGAAGCAAGGAUGUUGCUUUAGAACAAGUCUCGGUAUACUGGAGAAAAGAUGAUAAUUUUCCCUCUGACCAAUCAAAUCAUAUCUAAUCAUCAUCUCUUCACCAUUGCUAAGCUAGCUCUUGUCGUAUGUUCUCGUGAGGAUCCACUUCCCUCCACUCUGGUAAAAAUCCCCAUUGUGUGCAGGUAGGUAUCAGUCUAGUCAGGCUGCUGCAGGCAGAAGUGAGGCCCCGAGGGGCAUAGCCAGGUGCUCACCAUGUCAUCUCAGCAGGAGUAACUGCCCUACCCAGACACAGAGACAUCGAAGGAAAUGCUAAUUCUCCUACACCUCACUGCCAUAGAACAGAGUGAAGAAAGCCACCCUCCUUGAGUCUGUACCUGGCCACCCCUGGGCUAGACAGACAGGCCAUCAGCACCCAGCUAAGUCAACAGGAAUGCCAUGGGAGACACAAACCAGUCCAAGAGUAGGAGGAGCAGGAUGCUAACAGAUUGUUCUGGGCCAGAGCUGUGGGGACCAGCAGUCAACCCCAGCUGCAGGGCACACCAGAAGACGAGCCAUGAGUCCCAUGGAUGGCCAUUUCAUCUCCAAGCCCUGACCUGCCUUCCCCAUCAUCCAACUAGUCUGAGUUCCUUCUCAGCUAAUGCCAGCACCAAAUCAUAGCCCAAUAAAAUGGGAAAAAGACAAAGGGACUCCAACUAGAGAUGAGAGGAGACUCAUCCUUGUUCCUAUAUUCCCAUGCAAGGGUUCAAACUUGGAGGUUUUCCACGUCUACAUAAAUUUGUGAUAAAAUUUGUGGCACUGGUGUCACCUAGCAGGGAUCUGCCUUUGAGGGCAUAUACAAUCUGAGCAGCAGGGAGAACGUCCAUGGCAAAGAGUGGAGGGGGCCAUUGUACUCAUUUCCUCUGAUGCAUAUUUCAGGAUAUGACCAGCAGAAGCACAGCAGAGAUGUCUAAGCCAUAUUAAUGCACACAAGAAGACUUUCAUCUGGUUUGCUGGUAACCAGAGAUAGACUUUUGCAUACCACUGGCUGUGAAGCUAUCCUGUAGAGACCAAGUCCAACUCUUGCAUCCCUCCUGCCUUCAGAAAAGAUGGGACUAGGUCAUCAAAAGGGCCACAUUCACCCCCAUGAAAUCCACUCAUAAAUUUUAGGUCCCCAAGAGGUGGAGUCAGCAUCCACAGUGGUAGACAGCCUGCCUGGCGUCCUGGCUAUCUAAGAGCACUGAGGCUGAUAUAAGGAAUGUGAGAGAGCUCAGGAUGAGUCUGUAGGGAAGACCUUUUGGGGCUGGACAACAGGGAACUCGGUGCUGCUCUGGGGGAUGGGAUUUGGACCCUGAUCCUUGGCUGGGAUGUUCAGAGAAUGAGAGUCUGCAGGCGGUAGAGCACUGGACAGGAGGGUAUUGGUGUGCAAGCCUGGAGUUCAGGGUAAUUCAUAUAAUUCAUGGUUCCUUCGUGAGUGGAGCUCAGAUUUGGGGGAGGAAGGGGAAUGUGAAAUAACCUGCCAAUAGUGCACAACCGCAUCCCUGAAAGCGUACUUCAGUAGGUUGGGCUUCUGGAUACAAAUGCAUAGACGUCCUGUGGGAUGAUCUGACAAGCUCUCAGUGCUCACGGUGCCCCUGCCCCUCCCACAGAAGAUCAGUAAUGGAAGGUAUUCCUUGGGUCAAAGCCCCAGGGCAGUCUGGAGGCUCAGAGGUGCCAAGCAGUGUCAUCCCAGGUCAAAAUAGACUUCCAAAGGGUCAGGCAGAAUGCUAGUGCCCAUAUGCCUAGAGGUCAUUGGACAAAUUCAAGCAUGGUUUGCUUGUCCCUGGUCACUCUUUUGAGUGGAACUAGGAUCAAUGCAUAAAGUUUGAUGAUUGUAAGGAAGAACUUGCUGUGUGCCAGAGAGGAUGAGCUGCCCAUCUCAGCAGUGGUCCAGCAGAGGCCAGACUUUAAAGGGAAGAAAGAAUAUUGCUAAGAUGACCUUGAACUCUCCUCCACCCUAGAUGAGUGAUUUGUUUUGGAGAUGGGACUGUAUUUGAACUGCGUCAUUCCUAUAGAGCACAAAGCCAAGGUUGUGCUUGGUCUGUGUGGGUUGAAAUCCCCUACUCUCCUGCCCAACCAAGUCUUCCGACCAUGCAAGCCAAGACACUGCUCUGGCCCCCUAUCCAGCCUUCAUCCAGGCUAGUUAUCACCAAGAACUCCAGAAAGACCAGCUACUUUGCCAUAGACUAAAUGCCCACCGAGAUCUGGGAUGAGACCAACCCCCGGUCAGGCCCACUGGCCAUCAGGGACAGCCAGAACUAGUAAAGGUUCAAGCAGGACCCACAGCAGAGCUUUGCUUACCACACACAGUAUCUGCAGAGGUCACUUCUCCCCAUUCCCCAGUCGAGGCCUCUUGGAGCAGACUGCAAAGGCAAAAAGCACAGGGACUCUAUUGGCAUGUAAUUAUACUCAUCCCCAGGGCAUCUGUUUCCUUGCCAGGGGGAUCCUGGGCUAGGCCAGGUGAAUCCAGGCUACCCCAUGUUGGCAGUCAGACUCAAAAGCACUUUUCUACCCUCUGUUUUCACCCGACAUCAAACUAGCCAACAAAAGGCAAAGAGUCAGGGCUUCUAACAUCGCCUUGGCUACUGGACACCAUCAUCGCCCUCUAAGGGCCCUCAUGGGGUUCCCACUCGACUCUAGGGAGACUGACAUCGUCACAUCCACUGGGCAUAUGAUACUGCAUGAGACCAAAGUCUCCACACUGUUUGCAGCCUUCUCCGUGAAUCCCAAUGGCCUGCGCUUGUACAGUUUGGGUGUUUGAUAGAUAAAGCACGUAUGAGAAGAGAAAACACAAUAAAUCAACUUUAAAAAAAAAAAAGCCAGCACUGUGCUGUCUAUGUUCUUGUUUUGUUUUGUUUUGUUUUCUUUUUCCUUUCCAGUUCUAGCUUAAAAAAGCAGAAGGUAAAUAAUGUCAGGUCAAUGAAUAUCAGAUAUAUUUUUUGACUGUACAUUACAGUGACGUGUAAUCUUUUUACACCGGCAAGUCCAUCUUAUUUAUUCUUGUAAAUGUUCCCUGACAAUGUUUGUAAUAUGGCUGUGUUGAAAAUCUAUACAAUAAACCUGUGACCCUGA